UUUGACGACAGAACAUGGCGUCGAACUGUGUCAAGUAAUCAUGAGAAGAUAUUUGUAAACAUGAUAAGAUGGUGAUGAAGCAUAACUGACAAUGGCUCACUUCGGUAAAGAUCUCGACUCCUUCAGCGCUUCAAGAACUGUGCGAAUCCUGAGUUCUGAAUCAGCUGAAAACUACACGGUGUACCUGAUCGAGGUGUCUGUCGGACCUUACAGCUGGACUGUGAAGCACCGAUACAGUGACUUUCAUGAUCUCCAUGACAAGCUGGUCUCAACAUGUAAGCUAGACAAGAACCUGCUGCCUCCCAAGAAGCUAUUUGGUAACCAGAGCGAGACGUUCAUCAAGAAACGUCAGGGGGAGUUGGAGGUGUACCUCCAGACUGUGCUCUACUACCUGGCACACCGUGUGCCCCCCAUCCUUGCCUUCUUCCUACACUUCAACAAAUAUGAGAUCCAUGGCAUCACACAGGCCCUUGCAGAAGAGCUCUACAACAGAGGGGAGACAAUCCUGCUGUCCCAUGAGAUGUUCCAGAUGUCGCCGCUGCAGCUCCACGCUCUGACGGAGAGGCUGAAGCUGCCUGAACCAACAUGUGGUACUUUAACCAUGUUAAAGAAAAGUGGGGAUGUAAAGAAGGACAUUGGCCACAUCCUUGACUUCAUCACAAGAAUGAAGCGACUCAAAAUCUGUGGCAGCAAGGAGUCAGUUGGUUCCAGCAAUAUUGAUAUGAACCAGCUUACAUUUGAUCUCACAUUGUUCAAGUCGAUACAGUAUUUAGAGAUUUUGAAUUGUAGUCCAAGGAAUAUUGUUGGCUUAGAAACAAUAAAACAGACACUCAAGGAAUUCCAGCUAUGCAGAUCAACUAAAACAAUACGAGAAUUCCUCCUUCAAGACAUUCCAGCCUGGCGCGGGGAGGAUGGCACUCUGCUGGUGUCGUACUGGGAGCUUGUGGAGGAGGCCGACAUGAGCCACAACUUCAUUGUUGACAUUGACGACAGUGUGCAACUGAUGCCGAAGGUGGAGCAUCUGGACCUCAGUCACAACCAGCUGACAAGCAUCCAACAUCUACAGUGGCUCAGCCACCUCACCUUCCUCGACAUCUCCCACAACAACAUCCACAACCUGGACUCCCUGCACACCAAGCUGGGCAACCUGAAGACCCUCAAGCUGGCUGGCAACAAGCUUGGGAGCCUGCAGGGAUUUUCAAAGUUGUUUAGCCUGGAGAUUCUUGACGUUAGCAACAAUGAAAUUGGACAGGUGUCUGAUAUUAAGCCUAUCGGUGGCCUGCCAUGUUUGGAAAACCUGCUGUUGACUGGCAACCCAGUGACCAUCGUGCUGGACUACCGGACCAAGGUCCUUGAGGUGUUUGGGGACCGGGUCAAUGAGGUGGUGCUGGACAAGCAGAAGCCGAGCCAGAAGGAGCUGGACACAGUGGCCGUGUUGCAGGCUCUCCAGAAGGCCCGCGACAACAAGGACAAGGUGAAGAGGCUCACCCCUAAAAAGACGGCCUCCAGUGCAAGUUUAACAGACUCUGAAUACAGUAGGACUCCCCCCAACCUGUCGGGGGAAGCCAGAAAUGGCACAACUUCCCCAUCCUCAGUAGAUCUAAGACAUGGCAGCACACAAGCAUUAUCUGGAUCCCCUCUGUGUUCAUCUUAUAAUGGGUUCAGCAGCAGCCCCUUCUUUAGGCCAGAACAUACUGGGCUUAGUAGCAGCCCUUUGUCAAGAACAGAACGGGCUGGUCUUAGUAGCAGCCCCUUGUCAAGAACAGAACAGGCUGGUCUUAGUAGCAGCCCAAUGUUCAGGUCCGAACUAAGUAGCAGUUCCGUCACGGGACCAGCACAUCCCGGGGCAGGUAACAGCCCUGUAACAAGAGCUGAACAGGCAGGGCUGACUCACAGCUCCCUCACCGGACCAGCACAUCCCGGGCCAGUUAGCAGCCCUGUAACAAGAGCUGAACAGGCAGGGCUGACUCACAGCUCCCUCACCGGACCAGCACAUCCCGGGCCAGUUAGCAGCCCUGUAACAAGAGCUGAACAGGCAGGGCUGACUCACAGCUCCCUCACCGGACCAGCACAUCCCGGGCCAGUUAGCAGCCCUGUAACAAGAGCUGAACAGGCAGGGCUGACUCACAGCUCCCUCACCGGACCAGCACAUCCCGGGCCAGUUAGCAGCCCUGUAACAAGAGCUGAACAGGCAGGGCUGACUCACAGCUCCCUCACUGGACCAGCACAUCCCGGGGCAGGUAGCAGCCCUGUAACAAGAGCUGAACAGGCAGGGCUGACUCACAGCUCCCUCACCGGACCAGCACAUCCCGGGCCAGUUAGCAGCCCUGUAACAAGAGCUGAACAGGCAGGGCUGACUCACAGCUCCCUCACCGGACCAGCACAUCCCGGGCCAGUUAGCAGCCCUGUAACAAGAGCUGAACAGGCAGGGCUGACUCACAGCUCCCUCACCGGACCAGCACAUCCCGGGCCCAUAAGCAGCCAAGUAACAAGAGCUGAAGAUGAAGGGCAAAGUAGCAGUCCGUCAUCUAGGCCAGAAGAGAUGGGGAUGAGGAACAGUCCUCCGAUGGACCUCUCCAGCAGCAGCCCCCCUACAAGAUUAGCACAGAUGGGGAUCAGCAGAUAUGAGCAGAUUGAUGGCCUCACCACCUUCACACAGCAGGAACCCACCUUGUCUUCCCCUGAUAUGCCACAGCUGAGUACAGUCACGUCAGCUGCAGAUACGAAACACUUCAUAAACACAGCUGACAAAGAUAAACAGCCAGCUGACAAUGAUAAACAGCCAGCUGUCAAUGAUAAACAGCUAGCUGACAAUGAUGAACAACCAGCUGACAUUGAUAAACAACCAGAUAACAAUGAUAAACAACCUGCUGACAAUGAUAAACAACCAGCUGACAAUGAUAAACAACCAGCUGACAAUGAUAAACAACCAGAUAACAAUGAUAAACAACCAGCUGACAAUGAUAAACAACCAGCUGACAAUGAUAUACAGCCAAUAGACAAGGCACCAGGAGAGAGGCUGUUCGCAAUUGGCAGCGGGGAAACUGGUGAUAAAAGCAUCCAGCCUCCCUCUGACAAAACCAGCAAGUCGACUGUGAUCAACUAUGCAGAUCUUCCAUCUGGAGCAAACACAGAGUUCCUGAACUGGCUGCAGAAGCACCUGAUUGGAGGAGGAAGUCCAUCAAGGGAGAGCACUCAGGAGAACAUAUUGGACAUCCUGUGGUGUAACGCUGUGCAAUACUCUAAUCCGACUGUGUUUUUCUCUUGCUGUGCUGUGUUGACUAAGAGUAAGAUUUUCAUUGAGAGACUGACAGACCUUGACUCAGGGUUGCCCGGUGUGCCUGACUUUGAACCCUUCUACAUCCUCCCUAUGUGCAAUAUCCAGCAGAUUGUUCUGGGUUGUUGUCUGGCUUAUGUGAAACUUGAGGAAUCCUUUGUUGGGAAGAUGGGCACCUUCAUUCUGAUAGGGCUGGACCCUUCAGUCUUGAAAACAUUUGUAGAGUCUUUCAAAUUAAACUGUGAAAGUCUGAAAAGUUUGAAUGCUCCAGAGAUCUUAGAUUUGUCAUGUGAUUCUGAUAUUUCUCGUCAAAUUUUCAAUAUGGAAGACAAAUUUGGUUCUUCCUCUGAUCGCAUUGUUUAUUCCUGUGUUGUUAUAGCCAAACCUUCCCACACAAGAUGCUUGCUUGUACUGUCAGAGAACAGAGUUUACCUGAUAGACAUUGACUGUAUCUACUGGCCGCUGCCCUCCUUUGAGGCAGAGUCUGAGGAGAUGCUUCAGAUUGGGGUGAUGCAGAACCAACCAAUAACAGAUAGAAUCAGCAACAUCAGCAUGUACAGUGCAGUGAGUAAAGUUAAAACUUCGAAGUCACAGAUGAGAGAAACGAAUGUCAGAUUUGCUGAAUUUGGCUUGUCUAUGAUUUUCCAUGAAACUGCAGGACCCAAACUGUUUGAUGUUCUCUUCCCUUCCACCUCCUCGCGGGAUUUUUACCUUGACAGACUGACAAACCUUCGGGCAGAGCACGCCCACCGGAUGUCACCCACACUGCGAGAAGAACCCGAGGGAGGGAAUGAACUUGUGCAUCCCCCAGACCCACACAGAAUUGCUAAGCUGCCGACAGCAAGCUCCUUACCAUCCAGUUUUGACAUGAGCAAAUAUUAUGUGUCCAAGACACACACCAGUGUAAAAACUUUACCUCCUGAGAUUAAGAUUCAAACAUCCCACCCACCUGAACCUGUUACAAGUGAUAACCCUGUGCACUAUGCUUCAGUGAAGAAGCAUACUACAAAAGAGGCUAUUUAUUCAUCUGUAGACUUGAAUAUCGGUGAAAUAGAUUCGCUAGUGAUGGCCUACCUCAGUGGUGAGCUAGAAUGCCAUUUGAAGAUGUGUAUCAGGGAUUACAAGCUGAUUCAUUCUCUCCCCACAAAGCUGAAACCGUUUGCUCUAAUGGAUGGAAGAGACUUGGCAACAUUCUUCCACACUGUCAUAGCAGGGAAGACUUCCCCAGAUCGGGGAGGUCUCAUGGAGGAGCUGCACCACGUUCUCUGGACAAAUGUUGUACCUUACAGCAACCCAAAGAUGGAGAUCCCAACGCUGGUCAUGCUCAGCACAAGGGGGAUUUACUUUGUGUCCGACUCAUCACUCCAGUCCAAGUCAAGUUCACGACCUCCCUGGAUGACCCAUGCCAGACACCAGUCAGACUCAGCUUUUGCCUGGAAGACCGAUGUGGGCAAAGACGGUUCAGAUAGGAGCGUUCACAAGAUGAAGAAACGAGGCUCAAUCAAACCGUACUGUGUGUUGAAGUACUCAGACCUCCAGCAGGUUAAUGUGGGUUUGUUUGACCAGUGUAUUAGGCUUACGGGUCAAGAUGCACAUUCUGUGUUUACCCUGGCAAUCAGGGAGAGUGUUGCCACCGGCAACUUCCUCCAGAGUAUGAACGGAGUUCUCUCCCUCCUGGCCACAUCCCCCAUGGUUGACAAGGACAAGCAGGACCUUGAACAGGAUUUCUACAAGGCAUUCACCAAAAGGACCAAGUCCACCAUCGAAGGCCUGGAAUACACACACCCCAGUCAAGUGCGUUUCUGCUACCCAGGAGAAGAUGCAAUCGAAGACAUUCUGUAUCUUGUCAAGGAGAAGGUUCUGCCGAACAACAGCAAACAGUCAUUGUGGAUGUACAUUUUGGGUUACGUGGUUCCAGAGGAGUUCUUGACAGGAUCAACAGAUCAUAUUGUGGCAAGGACAAUAAUUUUAAGUAGUACCCACAUCUGCUUGGCCGAAGAGGAUAUUGUGACGUACCCUCUGCCUGACUUUGUGAGAGGUCUACCUGAAAAUCCACAACAUCUGAUUGUCGAGUCUCGUAAAAUUGAAAACUUGAAGAGGGUUGUUCUGUACAGCAAUUCAGGGAACGUGAUCCAGUUGAUAUUCAGUGAUGAGAAGGAGGAGUUGGUGGUUGAUGCGUCACUUGACUACUUCAGUGAGGAGAGUAUGAACAAGGGAAGAGAACCCCGCCCAGAGUUCUGUGUGCGACUCUUUAUUCAGAGUCUAAGUGAGAAGGAGAAGUUUCUACAGCUGUUGGAGAAACACUGGAAGGAACUUAACCCUGAAGUGGGCAGGAUUCUGGACAUAAUUAAUGAGUGAUCAUAUUGUGUUAAGUACCAUCAUAGAUAUAUGUAACACCCUGUUGCUGUUCCAGCAUGUGCUGGUGGGGAAGCCUUGUGAGGUAGCUUUGUGGGUAAAGUAUUACUCAUAUACUGUAAAUCAUGAAUUUAAUGCAAGCAGGAAAUUAAUUUGAAAAAUGAUGACCGUUAGUAGCUCACAUUAAUAAAAUGCCACAUUUUAUUAUGAAUUUAGCCAUCCAAAUUUGCCAUCCGAACUCUGUUCGUGAUUACUAAUUUUCUUGAUGCCAGAAAACUCAUGAUAUAAACAAAAGAGCAUUUACACAUGAGUCUUUCUUCAAUCAAUUGAAUUCAGUUCAGGAAAACAUAACAUUCAAAAGCCCAUUACAAUACAAGCACUGAAGUGCUUUGUGAUUUCUACUAACUAUCAGAUGUCAACAACUUUGAUAACGUCCCGCUCACUGAAGCUUGUCAGACAGUCCAGAUUGGUGCCACCCACGGGAAGACAACUUCUUUAUUCUCGGCCACUGUCAAAAGCCGACUCGAGUGAUCAUGAGCAUGAUGAGCAGACAUGAAUGAGUUGAUCCUGUGUUAUUACUUACUUAAAAAAACGUGCAGCUUUGAAGUAUAGUGUGUUGUUUGAAAGAUGCUUGUGUGAUGUGAGAUGAUGUAGUGUUCACCCUAAUAGCAAUCAGCAGUGUGUUUUGAAUGUAUUCUUCUGUUUAAUAUUAAAAAUCAGAAGUAGGGUGUGUCACAUUUAUUGAGGGACACAUUUUUGUUUUGGUACUCGAGUCAGCAUUAUUAUCAUGAUGCGUUGAUUUCAUGAUUUACAGUAUCAGAAAUAGUGCUAAAAGAAGCAAUAAGCCAUACUCACUCACUCUUUCAUUCACUGUUCCAACACCAGAUCAUAGAUUGCAACAGGCCAAGGAUUACAUUACAGCUCCCUGGCUGUAGCCAAUUAAAUUUGGUUUCAAAAUUCCAACAUAAGUAUGAGGAUAUAUUAUUUUCAGAAGCUGCAGCAUUCUUUGUGUUUUAUAUAGAGAAGUAAGGUUCACUUGAAAGGGGAGCUAUAUUUGAUGUGCAGUCCUAGUCUAGACCAACUUGAUGCUUCACAUCAAACUAGCACUUGACGUUUAUUGUAAUGACGCAAUGUCUCGGCACCAAUUUCCAGACCUUUACUGGAACUAAGCACCAGACUAUGGAGUCCUUCUUUAAGCUGAAGGCUGUGUCCAGGACUACCAGGAAGAUGGGAUGACAUCCAUUCUGUACCAAGUGAUUUGAAUCUACUAGCCCAAACUUGUCUUUCGGCACUGUUUUCCAUGUAUUUUGUCUGACAAAGGAAUUAUAAUGAACUGAGACUGUUAUUUGCAGACUGAGGCUUAUGUUCACUGACAUGUUGAAAUUUCAACCUGGUGGAAACUCAGUAUGACUUCAGUUCUAUAUAACCAUGGGUUUUGUUGGACAAAGCAUUUUCUCAACAUGGAGGACGGGAGUGAGAUUUACGUGAGUUGAGUUGCCCAAGAUACUUAUUCAGAAUGAAAGACGGAAGAGGAACCUGUUUAUUCCUUGUGAUGCAUAGUGCUUUCUUGUAGGGGAUGACACAGCUGAUGGGUGCCUGGUGCGAUGAUGAAUGUGUUCUGUAUAAUAUCAAUUCAUGGAAACUUACUUUGAAUGUUCAACUAUCAUGUGACAAAAGAAUGUUUUUUUAUGAUAUUGGAUCAUGAUCCUAUUUAUUGACUGGGGCCUAGCAUGCUAAUGAACCUUGAAUAUUUAUUAUUUCAUGAUCAGGUCAGCUUGUUUGUAUGGGAAGAACAUUGAUGUUAAGAACACUUCUGUUCAUUGACAGCGUGUUUAUAUAGGCAGAGCAUCCAUAACAAGAACGUGCCUGUUCACUAAGAGCUUGUUUACAUGGGUAGGGCACAGACAUGAAGAACGCUUCUGUUCUGUUAAUGGCCUUUUUCAGCUCCAUAAAUGGUGUAAGGGGCUUGAUUUGUUAAAUCGAAAUGUAGAUGUUUCAUUUUGUGAAUAUUGACAUGUUGCUUUGUUAUGUUGAUUGUUUGUAUUUUGAUAGUUUGUAUUUAAGGAAACUAUUCAAUACUUAACCAUGAGACUAUUGUAAAUAUGAGAAACAUAUUGCCUUCUUAUAAAUGUACAUGUUUUUUAGGAAUUAGUACUGUUACCAUGGUUACACAUUCCAGCAUCAGGGAAAUACUGUUCAAGCAGGGAGUAAGUUAUCAUAGAUGAAGUAGUUCAGGGCCCCGUUCCACGAAGCCAUAAACAUGAUCGUAAGUACCAUACUUUAACAUAGACUUACGAAAGUCACAGUGCUUGGAUCAAUUUUUUGGAACUGGGCCAGAACAAUAAGCAUAAUAGGUAAUGAAGUCUACACUAUAUGAUGUUUACCUUACUGUAAUAGAAGUCAGACAUUAAUCAGUUGGAUGUGUCCUGCCAUUAGCUAGCUACGAGGGCAGGCUGACCAAGUUAUGAGGUAUCACUGAUGUUAUGAGGCAUUAUCCUGGCCUCACAGUCAGGACACCCUGUGGAAAUUGUGGGGUAGAAUAGGGGCUCAAUUUGCCAUGCUUGCUGUAAGUGUGAUGACGACCAGUGGCUACAGUGUGUGAUAUGGCUGAUAACAUCUAGUGACUACAGUGUGUGACAUGACUGAUGACAUCCAGUGGCUACAGUGUGUGACAUGACUGAUGACGACCAGUGGCUACAGUGUGUGACAUGACUGAUGACGACAAAUGGCUACAGUGUGUGACAUGACUGAUGACGACCAAUGGCUACAGUGUGUGAUAUGACUGAUGACGACCAAUGGCUACAGUGUGUGACACGACUGAUGACAUCCAGUGGUUACAAUGUGUGUGACAUGACUGAUGACAUCCAGUGGCUACAGUGUGUGUGACAUGACUGAUGACAUCCAGUGGUUACAAUGUGUGUGACAUGACUGACGACCAGUGGCUACAGUGUGUGACAUGACUGAUGACAUACAGUGGCUACAGUGUGUGACAUGACUGAUGACGACCAGUGUCUUCAGUGUGUGACAUGACUGAUGACGACCAGUGUCUUCACUGUGUGACAUGACUGAUGACGACCAAUGGCUACAGUGUGUGAUAUGACUGAUGACGACCAGUGUCUUCAGUGUGUGACAUGACUGAUGACAUACAGUGGCUACAGUGUGUGACAUGACUGAUGACAUCCAGUGGCUACAGUGUGUGACAUGACUGAUGACAUCCAGUGGCUACAGUGUGUGUGACAUGACUGAUGACAUCCAGUGGCUACAGUGUGUGUGACAUGACUGAUGACAUACAGUGGCUACAGUGUGUGACAUGACUGAUGACGACCAGUGUCUUCAGUGUGUGACAUGACUGAUGACGACCAGUGUCUUCACUGUGUGACAUGACUGAUGACGACCAAUGGCUACAGUGUGUGACAUGACUGAUGACAUACAGUGGCUACAGUGUGUGACAUGACUGAUGACGACCAGUGUCUUCAGUGUGUGACAUGACUGAUGACGACCAGUGUCUUCACUGUGUGACAUGACUGAUGACGACCAAUGGCUACAGUGUGUGAUAUGACUGAUGACGACCAGUGUCUUCAGUGUGUGACAUGACUGAUGACGACCAGUGUCUUCACUGUGUGACAUGACUGACGACCAGUGGCUACAGUGUGUGACAUGACUGAUGACAUCCAGUGGCUACAGUGUGUGACAUGACUGAUGACGACCAGUGUCUUCAGUGUGUGACAUGACUGAUGACGACCAGUGUCUUCACUGUGUGAUAUGACUGACGACCAGUGGCUACAGUGUGUGACAUGACUGAUGACAUCCAGUGGCCAGAGUGUGUGACAUGACUGAUGACGACCAAUGGCUACAGUGUGUGACAUGACUGAUGACAUCCAGUGGCUACAGUGUGUGACAUGACUGAUGACGACCAGUGGCUGCAGUAUGUCACAUGGCUAAUGAUGGGGUAUUGUGAUCCAUGUGGUUAAGUGCUCAUGUUAUUGACCACUGGUUUGCCUGGCCCAAUUAUUAACAGUAUCCUAUGUUAUGGCUGGAAUAUUGCUGUGUGGCACCUUGAGAUUCUUCAACAGAGUAGAAGUUGACAACCUCUAUCACUGUGGCUUACCUAUCGCAUCCCACUGGCACAUCAUGAUAAACCCAAAACACUGUUCAAAGCACACUUAGACCCAACUCACUCACUCCUACUGACUGAAACAUUGAACAUGUCCUCUCCCAUUUAGGGAUAUAGAGUAUAAGCGUGCUUUCAUUCAAACUGUUUUUCUUUUAAAAGAACAUAUGUUUGAAAGCAUUAGAGUAUGCUGGUCCAUACAAGCAAAAACAUAAUCUCAGCCUAAAACUAACAAGUGUACAUGUGUCAUCAUAUGUCAUUACUGAAUAAAUACCAGUUAGAAUUCAUGUUUUGUUAUGAAAAUAUGUUCUCUUAUUUUUGAAGAGGUCAGGAAGCCCAUUUAUUUUAAUUUGUGUUACAAAAUAAUCUGAACAAUGGAUGCUAUCUUUUGUUAAUGGUUUCUGGUGGACUAAAAGCACCACAGUUCAAAGUUAUGUCCAUUUAUUGUGUCAGGAUCCGCAGACAAUCUGAUAUUUUUCCCAGAUUAUGAUCCUUGGUCUGUCAGCACAAUAUCCAUGCUUGAGGGUAGGUGAGUGAGUGAGUAUGGUUUUAAGCCGCUUUUAGCAAUAUUCCAGUAAUAUCACGGCGAGGGACACCAGAAAUGGGCUUCACACAUUGUACCCAUGUCAGGAAUCAAACCCAGGCCUUCGGCGUGACGAGCGAACGCUUUGACCACUAGGCUACCCGACCGCCCCCCAUGCUUGUGGAUUUCAUCACUGGGUCCAUUUUGGCUUUCAUUCAGAAGGCAUACAGUGAUAAUGAAGUGAAAAACUUUUCAAACUGGUGUUUCAGCAAAUUAGGUCACUCACCCCAGUAUGUAAGAGUGACCCCUGUGAUAAUACUGAAUACUGUAAAUAUGGUGGUAUACCCCUCAUGACACUUGAUAUAGAUGCCAAAGGUGGACAUUAUUCAAAGUUUGUUCAUUAUUUAAGUUUAUUUUUCAGUUAGUACACUCACGACUUAAACAAUCUCAUUUUCUGUAACACAAUUGACAUGUGUAGUGUGUUACUUGUUCCUCCAGCACACCAAUACCAAUCCCUGCUCUAACAUCAACCAGAGGAGUGUACUCUUUACGCUGUAUCUCAAUCUCAUCAAAAUCAGAUCUCAAUUUUGUGGUAGGGAGAACUUAGAUCUGAUUUGAAUGAGAUCUACACAGCUACCCUACACUGUAAAUGAACACUUUUUAUGUGGAGCUGUGUCUACUUAUUACACUGUGUCUACCCAGCUACACUACACUGUGUAAAUUGACACUUUGUAUGUAGAGCUGUGUAUGUACUCUUUACACCGAUCUACACAGCUACACUACACUGUGUAAAUUGAUACUUUGUAUGUAGAGCUGUGUCUACUCUUUACACUGUAUCUACACAGCUACACUACACUGUGUAAAUUGAUACUUUGUAUGUAGAGCUGUGUAUGUACUCUUUACACCGAUCUACACAGCUACACUACACUGUGUAAAUUAACACUUUGUAUGUAGAGCUUUGUCUGUACUCUUUACACUGUAUCUACACAGCUACACUACACUGUGUAAAUUGAUACUUUGUAUGUAGAGCUGUGUCUACUCUUUACACUGGUUGUACACAGCUACACUACACUGUGUAAAUUAACACUUUGUAUGUAGAGCUUUGUCUGUACUCUUUACACUGUAUCUACACAGCUACACCACACUGUGUAAAUUAACACUUUGUAUGUAGAGCUGUGUCUACUCUUUACACUGGUUGUACACAGCUACACUACACUGUGUAAAUUGACACUUUGUAUGUAGAGCUGUGUCUGUACUCUUUACACUGGUUGUACACAGCUACACUAUGCUGUGUAAAUUGACACUUUGUAUGUAAAGCUGUGUCUGUACUCUUUACACUGGUUGUACACAGCUACACUAUGCUGUGUAAAUUAACACUUUGUAUGUAGAGCUGUGUCUACUCUUUACACUGUAUGUACACAGCUACACCACACUGUGUAAAUUGACACUUUGUAUGUUGAACAGUGUAUGUACUCUUAACACUCUUUGUACACUAUUUGUCGGUUCUAUUUCCAGUCCACCAUUUGCAGUUUCUUUGCUCUACACACAGCAUCUUUACACGUUACAUUGUGUCACAUCUUUGUAUGCAGAACUGUGUCUUUAUGCUAUACACGUUUUCCAUUAGUAGUUUCUUAUCACUGUAUAUGUAAAGUACAUGUAAAGUGUCUGACCUGUGAAGAUCCGGGGUAAAAUAGGUCUUCUGCAACUCAUGCUUGUCGUAUGAGGCGACUUACUGGAAUGGUUGAUGCGUGUCCUCAUAUCCAACUUUCGUCGAUCGAUGCUCAUGAUAUCAAAUCAGUGGAUUGUCUGGUCCAGACUCGAUUAUUUACUGACCGCCGUCAUAUAGCUGGAAUAUUGCCGAGUGCGGCGUUAAAAAACAAACAAUACAAUAAUACAAUGUAAAGUGUCUGUGUACAGGUUACACUUCUAAUUCAGUAUGUAACGGUGUCUCUAUACUCUGUAUGUAACACUGUAGCAUUAUUUGUGCACACUGUAACUGUAACACAGCAACAUACUGUAGGAGUAUCAUGUAGUUGGACUAAGUCCCAUAUCUCUCCAAGGUGAUAACAAUCUGACAUGGUCACUCUAGAAAAUGUAGACUGCAACGAUGGCACUUAAUAAGGAAAUGGGAGCGGUCGGGUAGCCUAGUGGUUAAAGCGUUCGCUCGUCACGCCGAAGACCCGGGUUCGAUUCCCGACAUGGGUACAAUGUGUGAAGCCCAUUUCUGGUGUCCCCCGCCGUGAUAUUGCUUGAAUAUUGCUAAAAGCGGCGUAAAACCAAAGCUCACUCACAUUCACUCACUAUAAAGUAAAUGACAUCAUGUGCAGAGGUGAAUACCAAACACUACCAUUCUGAGACUAAUCCAUGAAAUCAACAAUUUAGACAUACUGCCUUGCCUAAUACCUUUAUUGUCACCUCGUGUAUUAAGUAUAACCGAAAAGUAUUUUCACAUUGUGGCAGUCUCACUCAGUAAAAUAUAGGUGUUGUUUUCAUUCUUUCACUGGAUGAAAGAAGUUUGGUAUUUGGCAAGACGAGAUGAAUGUUAUUUAUUUAUUUACACAUCUUCCCGAGGCAAGUGAGUUAACUGACUAUGAAAGUUCAGUUUCCACCCUUGCAAGGGUGGAAACUGGACUUUUAAAGUCAGUUAACUCUCUUGCCUCGGGAAGAUGAUAUUUACCAUGUAUUUGCAACUUUGGCAUUUUUAGAUAAUACUAAAUACAUUUGUUUACACAAAGUAAGUCAUUUCAUUAUAGUUCACAAUCAGUACAUGUACCCUGUUCACAUACCCUACUAUGUACACAUUAUACUCUACCUGUACGCUGUUGUACGCCCACCUUCCAGACAGUGCACGAGCGAAGUCCAUAGACCGUUGAGAGUGAACAUGCUAUGUGUGUGCUGCGAGGAGUCCCACUGAACGACCAUGUACUCAAUUCUUGUAUCAUUCUUCAUCUUUUGUAUCAUAUUGUUUCAUAAUAAUAUAUUGUUUACCUUGCAAGUAAAAUUAUGUGCAAGCAAG